UGUAGCAGUGUGAAGGACGUCACAAAUUCCAUUUGGAGGUGCCUCUGAGUUUGUGGAGUAGACACCAUGAGAAAAAGUCACCCGCCCAAGUUGAAAAAACUUAUAGACAAGAAAUUAUCGUUGAAAUUAAAUGGUGGCAAACAUGUCCAGGAAAUACUGUGGGAGUUCAAUCCCUUUAUGAAUCUUGUGAUAGAUGAAUGUGUGGAGAUGGCAACUAGUGGGCAACAGAACAAUACCAGAAUGGUGAUAAUUCGAAGAAAUACUAUCAUCAUGUUAGAAACCUUGGCCUUGGAACGGAGUAUAAACAAUAGCUGUGUUCACCAGAAGAAAUCAACUGUUUCCACGUGUCCCCUCUGCAUAGCACCUGUUUUACUACAAUAUAAAAAUCAGAUCAUGUGCAUUUUCAUACUGAACUUCUUUGUUAAAUAA